AUGAAGGCUACAAUUCUUUGUCUGGCGUUCAUCCUGGCCUCAUCAGCAGCCAUCGCCAUUCCCACGAAGACAGCCGUUGCCACAGCCUCCGUCCAGACGCCCACAUCAUUCAACGUCACCAACGUUCCGCCGCCUACAGGGGGCGAUCGAGACCAUGGCCAAGAUGGCGAGAAAGGCAACCUCGCGCCCUGGGAACAAUCGUUCUGUUCUAUGAAACACCAUCACAAAACAAAGUUAUCACAUCAUAAGAUGAAGCAUCCCGCACAUCUAGGGGGGAAAGACACCAAGGGCAAUCAAGCGCCAAAUUGGCAGCACUGCAAGAAACAUCUCGACAAGCAUCUGCCUCCCAAAAAGUCGCCUAGAAGCUUAGCAGAGACAAACGGAACACGGGCAUCCUCAGCGGAAGGUCAUGGAGGUCAAAAGGAGCAUGAGGGCCACAAGGGUCACAGGAGUCAUGGGGAAUGCUUCAAGAAGUGCGUUGGGUUCAAGAUACCCUUCAUCUCGAAGCUGAUACCCGAGGGCAUGAUGGAGCCUGUCUGCGAGGGUAUCUGUGGAUGCAAGGGUUCUGAGCAAUGUAAGGGUAAAGACUCGGGAGGCGAGGAGGAGCCGAAGGAAGAAAGCCCUCCUGUUCAGUAUAAGGACAUGAAUGAGGUGCAUGACUGGAAGGAAUGGAUUGCAAAAGAAAAGGAGAUCAAGCCGGCCAAGGAUAACGGAGAUGCUCCGCCCACGACCAGAACGCUGAAAGAUGUCUCUACGACACAUGAAUGA